UGGGAUAUCCCGACUGGCGAGGCGUACAGGUUAGGGAGGGGGAGGGGAGGCGGUCGCCAGUUCCUGUAUAUAAGCGACGUUGCGUCUUCCACUUCACAUUACACCGCUAACCUCCAACCAACAAUGAAUAGCAUCAAAUCCGUGAUUGUGUGUUGCCUCCUGGUGGCCGUCUCCGCCGGUGUAGACCGAAGGAGAGGUGGACAAGGAUCCAACAGAUUCCUUCCUGGAGGCUUCGCUGGCGUCCACGGAGGUGGCCUCUUCGGCGGCGGUUUCAAUAGUGGCGGAAUCCAUGGUGGUAGUGCUAUUAUUGGCAGUGGAAUCUCCAAUGGCCCAAGUGAAUGCAGAUAUUGGUGCAAGACUCCGGAGGGUCAAGCUUACUGCUGUGAGACGGUGCAUGAACCAGAGAACCUGUUGUCCAAGCCACUGAUGCCACAAGUCCGUCCCACAGCCUCGUUUCCAUGGCCCCCCCACAACCUGUUCCAACGAUACAAGUGUGUGUCUCGAUAA